AUGGCUUUCCCCACGUUGGCGAGCGCCAUGACCGGUUACGUAGCACGAACCGCCGCCUACGUCAAGGACGCUCCAGGCAGUGAUGGAAAUUACAUAUUAUUCAACGAGUUUGAUGUGGUGGCGUACGUGAUCCAUGACGCCUGGAGGAUCAAUAAGACCGGGGACCUUUUGGUCUCUUACGGCCCUACGAGCUGGGACCCGAUAACCGGUAAGGAGGCGCCACUACUGUCUGAGGACGGUGGCAUUCCUUCAAACAAGUGCGGCGCCAACGUCUCAUGGCCUGGGUGUGAGCUAUUCGUCGACACCUCCCACUAUGUUACAGAGUACGGAUUCUACGGUCUGACCCAGGAACCAUCUGUCUGGGCCGGAAAGACGCAGCUACGGGCUCCAGCCCUCAACAUUACGGCCUUCUUUUUAGGGAACGAAGUCCACCCUACGAUGGCGGGACGUGAUUGGGUGCACCCCAUCACCAAGGAGAAACCAUUCUUGGACCCGGCCAAGGUGACAUAUAUGGUAUCCAACCGGACGUAUAAUCUCAGCUACGUACAACAAUACGGUGCAUGCCAACCCGACUCGGAUGUCUACCAAUGGGGCUUUUCGUACAUUCAACUCUUCAUUCUACUCGUCCUUCUCCUUGCCUGGACUCUCGGCAUCUGGGCGAUUUGGCUCAAGGCGCACAUAAACCUACCCCUUGCCAGCAACAAACACGCCGGGGAAGUGCCAAGGGGUCGGAUAGCACUUCUCCAUCUAGCAUUCGCGAUGCAGAGGGAUCUUUCCGUGGCCGGCAUUGACCCCACGCCCAUGACGGAUGGUCAGCUUGGACGGGAGAUACACCAACGCGUGAAGGGCGGCGGCAUGGUCUGGCUGGCGUCUGCCGAUGGGCUCGAUACCGAUCCGCUUGAUGGCACCAUCACCACCGCUAUCACAGACACAAGAAAACCCGACGUCUUACUAGGCGGCUUCCUAUGGCAGAAGACGAAAGAGCUGAAAUGGGUCUUGCUGGCAUUCAUCUCAUACUUUAGUGCCACCGUAUACGGUGCCACAUGUCUCUAUGCAUUGGCGUGGCCUCUUUUUGUCGUCUCAUGGCUGUGCUGCUUCGGGCUGUAUGGUUUCUUCUUCGCCGGGCGGAUGAGAUGGCUACUAUGGGUAUACGUGCCCUGCACCUGCAUUUUGGGAACUGUGGUGACUUUCAUGGCGAGACGGGCACUUUUUAUGAAAUCGUGGUGA